AUGAACAAGCGAGUCGGAGCCAUCGAUGAAUUUGCGAUCGAAACGCUUUCAGAUGGUUUGAGCUUACACUGCGCUUUGGUUGUAUCUGGAUGGAUUGAAGAGGACACAUACUUUUUGCUACUAUUAUUAAACGUUCAGUCAUGUGAAGAAGCUUUCGAGCACCAAUGGAGACAUCUCAAUUUAUCUCGGGAACAAUACACUCUUCGAUAUGAAAGCAAAUACCUUAUGGAGUUGGGGAAGGCCAUGAGUUACAUCAUGAGUAUCGCCGUUUCUGUUGCCAUUCAACAAACUCUUAUGGAGACGGCUCUAGCAGGGCUAAUGGCAGCGGUAGCCUGGCCGGUAGCAAUCCUUUCUUGUGCUUCUGUAUUGGAUAACCCUUGGAAUGUGUGUAUAGCCAGAGCUGCAGAGGUUGGUGAAUAUCUCGCAGAAGCUCUUCUCAGUCGUUCUCAUGGGAAACGCCCCAUAUCGCUCGUAGGAUUUUCACUGGGUGCACGAGUUAUUUAUCAUUGCCUUCUCGCAAUGAGCAAAAGA